GCAGGAAAAUUAUGAGAUUUUGACUGAAAUUACGUUUCUGACUUUUCUGUCUAGUUUGUGUGCAAAAACAAUGUGUCGUGCUUCGGUGUCUCCAGGUAAUUCUGCGUCGACGGAGGGUUUUGCCGACCUGCCGAGGACCCCAGCAAGACCUAGGACACUACCGGCGUGUCCGGUCAAAGCAUUCCUUAAUUAAUGUGAAGUGGAUGAGACAGCCAGACACACACAGGCUAUACAAUGCAGUUGGCUGUUGGGAUGCAGUGCGAACAAUCAUGCAUGACCAUCGGAUGAACGUUCAUUCGCAAUUUAAUCUGAGGAGGUGCACAGUCGUCCUUCGAAGGCUGGAUGAAGAGGCAGUGGUCAAUGGAAACAGAAAAUGGUGCCAAUGGUGCCGCCGCUACCAGAACAACCCUGUGCUCUAUGGCAACAUCUACUCCCUGGGCCAAGUCACCGUGCACUACUUUUGUCUUCUGCAUGCACAAGGAGUGGAGCAGAAAGGAGAAGACACAGAGGGCAUCUUCGGUUUUCUUGAGCCUGACAUCAAAAGACAGAUUUUCAAUGUCAGGAAAGUGAAAUGCUGUUAUUGUGACGAAUCUGGUGCUUCAAUCAAAUGUGCUCUGAAGAUGUGCAAAAAAGUAUUUCACCUUCCGUGUGGAAUCGAAAAUGGAUCUCAGAACAACUUCUUCGGUCGAUUCGACUCUUUUUGCAAGCAGCACCGACCCCAUGCCAGAGUUUCAGCAAACAUUUGGCGCAACAAUGAACCUGUCGUGUGCGCCAUCUGCUUGGAGGAAGCCAAAAAAGACUACAAAUGCAUCAAAGUCCUUUGGGCGCGCUGCUGCAAAAAGAACGCGUGGAUGCACCGAUUAUGUGUUCAGAAAUAUGCAUUGAGCUCUGGCUACUAUUUCAAAUGCCCACGGUGCAAUGACAAGCCAACAUUCAAGGAUGCCAUGCUCAAUUACGGAAUUUACGUCCCUGAAACGGACGCCUCUUGGGAGCUCGAGGGCAAUCAGUUUGAAGCUCUGUACCAAAGACACUCCCGUUGUGAUGCAGAGUUGUGUCUUUGUCCUGAAGGAAGGCAAUACAACGAGGAAAGCACCAACGACUGGGAAAUUCUGCUGUGUCUUUCUUGUGCCUCUCAAGGAAUUCACGUCGGCUGCAGAGAAUUCAAGAUUGCUAUCAGAGAUUGGUAUUGCACAGGAUGCAAGCCCAUCAUUCAAAAACAUCGUCAAGAUGCAGAAAAAACUGCAGCCUCCAUGUCUGGUCCUUCUGCUAAUUCCAACACGAUCCCUCCUGUUGCUGAAGCCCCUGAAGAAAGUUCAGCGGUUGUAGAGAGCAGACAAAUAACAGCAGCUCACCCGGAAAACCCCCAAUCUUUUCCAGAUGCGCAAGAAAUCAUUGUGUUGCCGGAGGAGGAGGAAAUUGACAUCGUAAUUCUGGACGAGGUGCCAAGACCUGCAAUUGAACCAGUUGAAGAAAUUCAAAAAGUGCACAGGCUAACAACAAAUACACCAUCAGGAGGCUCUUCAUCCGCUAAACCAAAGAGAUCUGAGCCACGAUUUGCUAUUAUUCUUGAUGAUGAAACUGAUGAUGAUUUUGAACCAGAGAUUGUUGAAGUUUUUGAGGACUUGGCAUUGGCACUUUAAAUGAAUUGAGUGAUAAUAAUAUUGAAACUGGGUUACAGCGCCUAUAAAGGCCGAGUUUUAAGUCAUAACUGAAUUAUGUACCUCUAAAGAGUCUAAAUGUUUAUAUCUUUUAAAGCUUCACAAUAUAUAUUACAUUUUUACAAAAUGAAGUCUGAAAAAUAAAGAAGUUUGGAAAUUA